UCUGACGACCAAGCACUACAGAUGAACAAUAUUAACAAUGGUGGCAGUGCAGACGCAGGUUUGGUUUUGAAACUGGUUUUACAUUCUUUAAUCAUACGUCUUUUGUUGAGUUACGGUUUUUAUUUUCUUCAUAUUGCAGUUUUAUCAGGCCUAUAUAUCGCAGUUUUAUCUUCCUACGACAUCCAACGUGUGGCCUGGUGUGGCAACAGGCUAUUUGCAGUCAGUCAUGUCGGGUGAAAAAAUUAAAGACUUUGAUGAAAUUACAUCUUUUCUGGGCGUCUACGGUUUCUUUCAAAUUCUAAUAAUUGUUCUGCUAAAUUUAAGCGCAAUAGCAUGUGGGUACACAGGAAUGAUUAUGAUUUUCGUUUCGGAUACACCCGAGCACCACUGCAAAGUAUCGAUCAACUCCAAGCAUAACAGCACAGACGUGGAGGUUCCCUUCCGCGAGCAGCGCAGCUGGGUCGGACCCGACAGCUGUUCCCGGUACAAACUGGAUGGAAACUGGACAGAGACAGGGGCACCCAGCAAUGACACGGAGCAAUGUCUGGAUGGAUGGGUCUUUAGCACUGAGAUAUACACCGCCACUAUUGUGUCUGAGUGGGAUCUGGUGUGUGACAAUGCAUGGAUGGUCCCUUUUACUACCUCCUUAUUCUUUGUAGGAGUCCUGAUUGGAUCAUUUAUCAGUGGUCACCUCUCAGAUCGGUUUGGCAGAAAGCCGGUGUUUUUUUUCACCAUGGCCAUACAAACAGUCACUCCAUUGAUCCAGGCCACCUCCGUCAGUUGGGUCAUGUUCUGUAUCCUCAACUGUUUGAGAGGACUUGGUCAGAUAUCCAAUUACAUCACGUCACUCAUACUGGGGUCGGGGAUGCUGAGCCCUACUGCCAGACUGAGCUACGCUCUGCUGGGCCACAGUUUAGGUUUCGGUGUGGGAUAUGCCUUGUUGCCAAUCUUUGCCUACUUCAUACGCGGCUGGAGGAUGCUGCUGGUUGCUUCUGCCAUCCCCGGCUUCCUAUUUAUUCCAACAUGGUGGGUGAUUCCUGAGUCUCCCCGUUGGCUAUUGCAGAAAGGUCGUGUGGAGGAGGCUGAGAGUGUUAUACGUGCUGCUGCAAAGAGGAACAAAGUCCCAGUUCCUGAGAUCAUAUACAGGGCGGACGAGUGCUUGGAGCUAAUGCAAAAUAAAAGUGAAGAUGAGCAGACAUACACUUAUCUGGACCUGAUACGGACCCCUAACAUGAGGAACAUUACAAUUCUGAGUGUUUUCAUAUGGAUUGCCACCUCCAUGGUCUUCUAUGGUCUCUCUCUCAAUACUAGUAACCUGAAUGGAAAUAUGUACCUCACAUGCUUCAUUUCAGCAGCCAUUGACAUUGUGGUGUAUGUAGCCACUUGGUUGCUAGUUAACCGUGUGUCACGACCCACAUUUCUUUGCUCUGCGCUGAUGUUCUGUGGCAUCAUGCUUCUGAUUAUCAAGCUGGUUCCUGAAGACAUGGAUGUCAUGUUCCAGGUGUUCGCCUUUGCGGGAAAGAUUGGUGUGUCUGCUGCUUUCAGCUUUAUCUUUUUGUUCUUCACCGAGCUGAUCCCCACUGUGGUCCGGAACAUGGGCUUAGCGAUCGCCUCCACAGCUGCACGCAUAGGCACUAUCAUUUGUCCUUAUGUGAUCUACAUGGUUGUGAGAUGA